AUGGAGACCACAGCGGCCCGCGAGGCCCGGGGGGCCGAGGCUCAGCGCCUGCCCGCGCCCCCGCCCUCGCCCGCCGAGCCCCCGGCGGCGUCCCCGACCCCAACCGCGCCCCGCGCCCGCCCGCGCCUCGUCUUCCGCACGCAGCUGGCGCACGGCAGCCCCACCGGCAAGAUCGAAGGCUUCACCAACGUGCGCGAACUCUACGCCAAGAUCGCCGAGGCCUUCGGAAUCGCGCCCACCGAGAUCUUAUUCUGCACCCUAAACAGCCACAAGGUAGACAUGCAGAAACUCCUGGGCGGCCAGAUAGGGUUGGAGGACUUUAUCUUUGCCCAUGUGCGCGGCGAGACCAAGGAGGUGGAGGUCACUAAGACGGAGGAUGCCCUGGGACUGACCAUCACGGACAAUGGGGCCGGCUAUGCCUUCAUCAAGAGGAUCAAGGAAGGCAGCAUCAUCAACCGAAUUGAGGCAGUGUGUGUGGGAGACAGCAUUGAGGCCAUAAACGACCACUCGAUCGUCGGCUGCCGCCACUACGAGGUGGCCAAGAUGCUGCGUGAGCUGCCGAAGUCGCAGCCCUUCACCCUGCGGCUGGUGCAGCCCAAGAGAGCCUUCGAUAUGAUCGGCCAGAGGAGCCGGAGCAGCAAAUACCCAAUGGAAGUGAAAGUCAGCAGUGGGAGGGAGACCCUGCGGCUUCGGUCUGGGGGGUCCGCCACUGUAGAGGAAGUGCCCAGUGAAUUCGAGGAUGAGGCAUCUCGGAGGGUGGACGACCUGCUGGAGAGUUACAUGGGCAUUAGGGACCCAGAGCUGGGUAAGGGGCCAGGCAUCCACCAUGGUGGAGACCUCCAAGAAGACAGUGAGCGUCCAGGAGUUUGCACGCCAUUUAGACUCCGUCUUGGGCGAGUUCGCCUUCCCGGACGAGUUUGUGGUGGAGGUGUGGGCCGCCAUCGGCGAGGCCAGGGAAGCCUGUGGCUAAUCUGCCCCGGUGCCAAGCGCAGCCCCAGCUCAGAGCCCAGCCCCCCGCCCCAGCCCUCCCGGUCAGUUUCCAAAGCCCAGCCCUGCUCCAGAGUCCAGAAGCCCAGACCUGAGACCCAGCUCUGUUCUAGAACACAGUCCAGUUCAGAGACCAAGCCUAGAUCUGAGCCCAAGUCCUGCUCUAGUGUCCAGCCCAGUUCAGGGACCAAGCUCAGAUCUGUGACACAACCCAGAUCGGAGCCCCAGCCCUGCUUUAGAACCCAGCCCAGCUCAGAGAUCAAGCCCAGAUCAGAGCCUCAGCCCUACUCUAGAGCCCAGCCCAGCUCAGAGACCAAGCCCAGAACUGAGACUCAGCCCUGUUCAGAGACCAAGUCCCCCUCUAGAACCCAGGUCAGUUCUGAGGCCCAGUUCAUCAUUAGAACCCCAUCCAGUUCUGAGAUGCAGUCCAGCUUCAGAACCCAGCUCAGUUCUGGAGCCCAGGACAGCUCUAGAGCCCAGGACAGCUCUAGAGCCCAAGCCAGCUCUGAGGCUAAGCGGAGCUCUGAUGUGAAGUCAAGCUUUGGAACCCAGAUAAAUUUGAAGACCCACCCCAGCUCUGGAAUCCAACCUGGUUCUGGGAGCCAGGACAGCUUUAUGACCAAGCCCUGCCAUAAAACUCGAUCCAACUCUACAGCUCAAGACAGCUCCGUGACUCAGCCAUACCUGGAUACUCAAUCUAGCUCAGGAACACCAAUUAGUUCUGGAGCCCACGUGAGACUCAAGAGGCAGUCCAGCCCUAGAAGCCACUCCAGCUUAGUAGUCAAAGACAGUUCUGAAGUGCAACCCUGUUCCCAAACCCAGGCCAGCUCAGGAACCCAGAUGCAUACUUCAGUCCAGCCUAGGUCCAGACCCUAUCUGCGUCCUAGGGCCCAGUCCAGCUCCAGUGAUGAAUCCAGCUCAGAGACUGAGCCCAGAUCUAGCCCCCAGCCUCGUGCGACAAGCAAAGCCGUCUCCAGGAUUCAGACAAGCUCUGGCCCCCCACCCAUUGCUGGGGCAAGACCUGCCUCCAGAGCUCAGCCUGAUGCUAAGCCCCAUGCGCACUGCAGAGCACAGAGCAACUCUAGAAUGCCAUCCAGCUCUGGGACAAGGACAGAUCUCCAAGCUUGGCCUCUUUCCAGAGUUCAGUCCACCUCCAGCAGUCCACCCAGCUCCAGAACUCAGCUCGGUUCUAGAGGCCAGGUUGGCUCUGAAAUUCCACCUGACUCCAAAACACAGUCAACCGCUGAGACCCAGGUACAUUCCAGAAUACAGCUAAUGUCUGGAACCCAGUCAAGUCCUGGGACCCAGAAGGAUGCAGACACAGCCUUCAGCUCCACAGCUAUGUCAAACUCUGAGAGUAGGCCCAGUUCAAGGACCCAGCCCUGCCCAGUAGCUCAAAACACCUCUGAGGCUCAGCUCAGCUCAGAAAGCCUGACAAGUUCUAGAAACCAAAUCCAGGCCACAACCCAGGGAAGCUCUGGGACUGAGCCAGACUUUGGGAAGCAGACCAGCUCUGGAACUCAGCUCAUCUCUAGAACCCCUCCCAGCUCAGACAUGCAGAUAAGUGCAGGAGUUAAGCCCUGCUCUGGAGUCAAGCUCAACUCCAAAACCCAACCCAGCUCCACAGUUCAGUUCAGGUCUGAGAUGCAACCCAGCUCUGAAACCUGGAGCAGUUCAAGAAUACAGUCCAGCUCUGGAUCCCAAACCAGCUCCAGAACCCAGACCAGUUCUGGAACCCAGCUGAGCCCUGAGAUUCAGCCCAGUUCUGGGACCCAGACCAGUGAAAGAACUCAGCCCAGCUCUGGAGUCCAAUUCAGCUCCAGAACACAGCCUGCUUCUGGAUCCCAACCUGGCUCUAGAACCCAGACCAGUUCUGGAACCCAGCCCAGUCCUGAGACCCAGCCCAGCUCUUGGACCCAGACCAGUGAAAGAACUCAGUCCAGCUCUGGAGUCCAGUUCAGCUCCAGAACACAGUCUGCUUCUAGAUGCCAACCUGGCUCUAGAACCCAGACCAGUUCUGGAACCCAGCUCAGUCCUAAGACCCAGCCCAGCUCUGGGACCCAGACCAGUGCAAGAACUCAGCUCAGCUCUGGAGUUCAGUUCAGCUCCAGAACCCAGUGCAGCUCUAGAAUUCAGUUCAGCUCUGAGACCCAGCCCAGCUCUAAAACCCAGACCACUUCAAACACUCAGCCCAGCUCUGGAGUCCACCUUAGUUCCAGAACUGAAUCUGAUUCUGAAACUAGAAGUCAGACCAGUCCAAGAAUUCAGCUCAGCUCUAGAAAGGGGCCCUGCCCACAGACCCCAGGCCUUGACCCCAGAACCCAGCCCUAUCCCACCCCUUAUGCCCGACCUCAACACCUAGGCCCACCACCCAAAGCCCCGACUCCAGGUCCUAGCCGAAUCUCUUGCCCCCAGCCCCAUGAUCUGGGACGAGGAACCCCGCCCGACCCUGGGCCUGGCCGAAGCCCCUCAAUUUCUCCCCUGGCCCCACAGCCACAGUCUCCCUUCACCCCCCAGAAACCAGUCCUUUCCCCCAAGCCCCAGCUGGGACCCCAGAAGUCUACCCCACCCACCAAAUCUGUCAUCCCUAGUUUUGCCCCCAGGGUGGCCCUCCUUAGUUCUCAGCCCCUUGAACCCUCAUUUGAGGGGCCUGCCCCCUCCUCCAUGCUCAGGGAGUCUAAGUUACCUCCACGGGAGUCAAAGCUCCUACCCCACCAUGGGGGGCAGUAGAUUGGGCGUGACAUAGUUGGAGCCCCCAUGGCCCCCAUCCCCUUUCCUGCUCCUCCCUGCCUGGGUUGCUCAGAAGUAGCAGGUGACUGUAUUACACACCCCAUCCCUGUAAAUGGGGUGGGGCAGGUGAGGAAGGGAGGGUGGAAACUGCUGAUCCCAGGUCUAUGGGAGGGCAGUGAGGUAGGGGCGAGCAGGGGAGGCAGGAGGCAGUUUCUUUCUCAUGUACCUUGAGGGCUUGAGGGCUCGUGGGGAAUAAAGGCAUAAAGGCACCUCCAA